AUGAAAUCUGUUAUUCUCCUAAUAUCUUGGGUUAUUCUCCAAAUUACCGCCCUGGUUGGCGGAGCUCCUCAUUACCGCCAUGAGCAUCUACAUGCCCUGGCCCAGCUCAAACGCGAUGCUGUUGGCAGCGUGUAUAUGUGCAAAGAUACAAACUUGAACGGUGCUUGCACCUACUACGAUGCCCUGAACAAGUGUGUCAACGUCGAUGGCUCUAUGAACGAUAAGGCGAGCUCCGUGGUUCCUAUCAAGGGCUCUGUGUGCACGUUCUACUCGAAUGGAGGCUGCACAGGGAGGACCCUGACGACUGAGAAGCCUGUUUAUGCCCUCGGAAUGUUUGGGUGGAAUGAUCAGAUUAGUAGUGUCAAGUGCUCCGCUGAGUGAGCGACGGUAUAAUGAGAGAAGGAGAGCGAGUGUCUUUUGUUAGUUUGCACCUCUUUACCACUGUUUGGGGUGGAUCAGGGACUAGUCGAC